GGCAACGCGGCGCCGCGGCGGCGGCGUUCCCGGCAGCGGCGGGGCCGUUCUUUUGUCACCGCCCGGCAGCAUGGAGGCGCGGGCAGAGCCGCGGCCAGGCUUUUCGCCUGGCAGGAGCAGAGGGCAUGUUUAGGACUGCUCGUGCCUCGUGUGGACAAACACUGCAUCUGCACGGCGCCCUGAUGUACGAGCUUAUGAACAACACCUCACGCUGAGGAAUGGAGGGGGAAAAACUGAUUUCUGCAACAGACACGCAGUAUUCUAGUUCGCUCCUUCAGUCUUUGAACGAACAACGCGGCCAUGGGCUUUUCUGUGAUGUUACUGUUAUCGUGGAGGACCGGAAGUUUCGAGCUCACAGAAACAUUCUUUCUGCCUCAAGCACGUAUUUCCAUCAGCUUUUGUCGGUGGCUGGGCAAGUAGUUGAAUUGAGCUUUGUGAGAGCUGAGAUUUUUGCGGAAAUACUUAACUAUAUGUAUAGUUCCAAAAUAAUCUCUGUUCGAGCCGACUUAAUUGAUGAAUUGAUUAAAUCGGGACAACAGUUGGGUGUUAAAUUCCUAGCUGAUCUGUCCGUAACGCCAUGUGAUGGAAGGAGCGUGCCAGGUGAGGUCAAAGAUGGUGCUUCAGAAACUUCAUCUUCUGGCCCCACUCAAAAGGAUGCUGAAACACAAGUACCUGCCAUCAGGCAGGAGGGUCGAGAGGUGACGGGUUGGAUGCCAGUUAUAACUGAAUCGUUCUCUCUACAUGGCAUAGCCUACGAGACUCCAAAAAUAACAGUGACUGAUUCAGAUGAUGAUGAUGAUGUCAUCUUUUGCUCUGAGAUUGUUCCCCCUAAAGAAUGUACUAAAGAUGCAAAUGCUGCAAUCCAGAACCAGCCUUGCCCAAAUGCGCCUGGAGUUUCUGACCAAAAAUCUGGUGGUGGUGGUGGCUCCCCGCUCUUGACCACGUCAACUCAAAAACUUACUUCCUGUGCUAAUCAGCUGAAUCCAAACCAAGCACUGUCAAGUGCUGAGUCGCUUGUCCCUGUGACACCGCAGCAUUCGACAACUGAGCUCAUUUUGCUGAAUCGGCCUCCAGUUAACCCCUCAGCCAGCGUCAGCUCCUCACAUCAGACGCACGUUCCCCCUACGAUUAAUUUGGUUGAGGAGAGCCAGAAGCCUUCUGAGAAAGGACCCUCAAAGGAAGUGGAAACAGCUGCUGUUGAUAUAGAAGAGGUGGUCGAGGACAAUGAUGAUGUUAUCAGCUCCUCUAGUCCUAGUUCAGCCAGCAACAGCUCUUCGGUUCAGCAACCUUCUGUACCCAAAGCGGCGACUUCUGAAGGAUCUGGAGUACAGAAAAAACAGGUUGUUAAGUUUCCACAAGAGCAAUCUUCUAAACCUGGAGAAUUUAAAAUAAAAAUCUCAGAUGUCCUUACUGGAAACAACAAGGAAUUCGGUCCAGGUAUAGCGUCGAAACAUGCGGGAGAAGGGCAGAAAAUCAUAACGUUAGAUACGGCAACUGAAAUAGAAGGCUUGUCCACAGGCUGCAAGGUAUAUGCAAAUAUUGGGGAGGACACUUACGACAUAGUCAUUCCGAUUAAGGACGAUCCUGAGGAAGGGAAAGCCAAGCCUGAGGAAACCCCUAAAACGUCUGAUGGCGAUUCCUCAAGCAGGAAACGCAUGAAAGUAAAGCACGAUGACCAUUACGAGCUGAUCGUGGAUGGAAGGGUCUACUACAUUUGUAUUGUAUGUAAGAGGUCGUACGUGUGUCUGACGAGUUUACGGAGACAUUUCAAUGUUCAUUCCUGGGAGAAGAAGUAUCCGUGUCGAUACUGUGAUAAGGUUUUCCCUCUUGCAGAGUACCGGACGAAGCAUGAAAUUCACCACACUGGUGAGCGGAGGUACCAGUGCUUGACGUGCGGCAAGUCUUUCAUCAACUACCAGAUCAUGGCCUCUCACAUAAGGUCGGUUCACAGCCAAGACCCCUCGGGAGAUACCAAGCUGUAUCGACUGAAUCCUUGCAAGUCUUUGCAGAUCAGACAGUACGCAUACAUCUCCGAUCGCUCGAGCAGCUUGCCGGUAAUAAACGAGAACAGGAUCGUGUAUCGCGUUGACGCAGCAAAGAACGGCACUGAGGGAACGGCAUCGAAUGCUCCAGGCAAACAAAUGAGCUGGGAUGACAUUUUUGUUCCGCAGGGAAACGAUGCAAUUUUUAAGCAAAAUCAAUCAGAGGGUAGUACUGAAUUUGAGUUUGUAAUACCAGAAUCUUACUGACGUGCAUUACAUGCUGGGAAAAAGCUUCAGUGAGUACAUAGUGCAGUUUUUAUAAACAGUCUGUUAAAAAACAAAUUGCUCAGAGUGAGAACAACGAGAACCUGUUUGACAAACUCAUCAAAUGGUAGUGCUUAGAUGGAUCGUUAGUAGCUGCAAAUCAUUUGUGGAAGCGAUUCAUUGGAAGGUUUACUUGAACACAGAUUAAGACAUUUCCAAGGAGCUGGCAGUGUUUGCAAGUAUGUUCAUUUUGAUCAGAACACAGGGAAAAAGGUGGCUGGAAAAAGGUGCAGCUUUCUCCUAAAGAGUGAGAAAUCUGAUUUCUAAAGUAAUUCAAGGUAUUUCCUGUACCCAUACUUAGAUAAACCCUUUCUUUCAUCUUAGCACUUUAAUGCUGAAUUGUGCUUCAUGAUUCAUGAAGAAAACAGUAAGAUUUUCUAUGGUAAUGUUUUCAAUAUCGAAGCAUUGUGUUAUUGUUCUGAAUAGCGUGUUACCACAAGGGUCCAAAAUGACUGAUCCAGUAGUUUGGAGCAGUGCAUUUUUAACUAGCAUCUGAACUGUGCUUUUAGAAGCAAUACGAAUCAUCUGUCCUCACGCAGGUAUUCCUGCCAAGGAGAGAUGCUCAAUUUGGUCUAACUCGAACACGCUUUUAAUUGUGUUGGAUUAUAGGAUGGUAGGUGGGCUAGUCACUGGACCAUUCUGUUUCACUCUUUUUU